AUGGUCGGCGUUUACAACGUGGCAGGCAAAGGGAAUAUUAAAGGCUACGAUCAGUUGGGAGCAGGUUGUUCAACCACCAGCUUUCACCACCAUGCCGCUGCCAGACGAACGCCCUCGAGCGUCUGUCCAGACUCUGCUGGCCAACCGACCCUCGCACCCAAGCCACGGCCCUCUUCCAUAAUCAAGAAGAGCCCACCCUCACGCGAGGCUACGCUGGCUGCUACCACGGAUGACCCCCAGCCUGUUCAUGCCACAGCCGACGAGGAUGCGGGGCCAGCCAUUCCGAGGUUGACAGGAGAGCCCAUUCACUCGGACACACCCGAGUCGGUCCCUACCGAUCCCCAACCCCAGUCUGAAACACAGGUUGAAUCAGAGCCAGCACCGGCUCCUACUCCUGCUCCUGCCCCAACACCAGCAACUAAACCUCGCACAGCCGCCACAUCGGCGCGACGCGUAUCCCAAGUUCCAUCCAAGAAGCCCGCUUCCGCGUCUGCCAAACCCCUCAACAUCCGCCAAGCCUGCUCCUGCCCCUGCCUCUCGAUCACGUCUUCCUGCUGUUCCAAAGGCGGCUCCAAAGGCCAAACCCCUUCCCAUGGCCAACCUCCGGCCCCCAUCGCUGCAUCCCUGGCCAAGGCCAAGGUUCCCUCUCGCAUCGUUAGUGCUACCAAACCUGCCACUAAACCUGCCGUCUCCAAACCCGCAACUACCACCGCAACCGCAACGAAAUCCACUGCGGCUCCUCGAACAACCAAACCCCCUAUUCCAAAGGCGACUACUUCCAAGAUUCCGGCCGUUUCGAAACCAGCUGCUACCACUGCCCGCAAAGCACCUGUACCUGCUCGUCCCGGAUCUACGGCCACCAAACCUCGCGUCGGAGCCGGCAAAGCUGUCAAGGCCGGUGCUGCUGCCGCCACAACUGCAGCAGUAGCCACAGCAGCCGUAGCUUUGUCCGAUGUCGCUCCGACUUCGGAGGACACAGAGCCAACCAAGGAUGUCGAGGCACAACUACCGAAGAAUCAUGAACACGAGGACCCAGUUGCGGAGGAAUCUGUACUCGAGGCUGCUGCGGAGGAGGAACCCGUUGUCGAGGCCACUCCCGAGGAGGAACCGGUUGUUGAGGAGGAACAAGUCCCCGAAAUUGUCGAGGAGAUCCCCGAGGUGCUUGAAGAGUCUGUAGAGGUUGCCGAGGAGCAAGCCGUUGAGGAGCCUGUUGUUGAGGCUGACAAUGAGUCUGCUGGUACUCCCAUUGAGGAUCUCGGGGAGAAUGGAAUCGAAGAGGAGGCCAAGCCCGAGGUCGCUGUCGAGGAGGUCAUUGAACAACUCGAGGUCGAGGCCAAGGAGGAAACCACCCCUCUUGUCGAAGCCGACGAAGUCAAGGAGGAAGUCGCCCCCGUCGUCGCCGCAGUCGAGGAAACCAAGGAGGUCGCUCCUGUCGCCGAGACCACCGAGUCCUCAUAA